AUACUAUACUAAUUUAGUUGUUUAGGUAGACCUGCCCAUUGAAAAAUAAUAAUUAAAAUUAAUUUAUGAUAUUACUUUCUUCAACUCCUCCCCUCCUUUCUUUCACACACACACACUGCAAUAUUAAUUUGCAGAGCUGCAACCGAGAAAUCAUCAAACCACCAAACAUGGCCAAUCACAGCGCAAAACCUACCUUCCCAUUGAUGAUGCGGCUCAAAUUCUUCAUCGGUUCAUUCAUGUUAAAGCGCGUCAUGCGCUCCGACGGAACCAUCAACCGCCGCCUCCUUAGCCUCCUCGACCCCAAAAUCCCCGCCGCCCCCGCCGCCUCCCCCGUCUCCUCCUCCGACGUCUCCGUCGACCCCUCCCGCGACCUCUGGUUCCGCCUCUUCGUCCCCUCCUCAUCCACCGCCCAAAAAUUACCCCUAAUCACCUACUUCCACGGCGGCGGCUUCUCCUGCUUCAGCCCGCACUCCAAAUCCUGCCACGAACUCUGCCGCGCGCUCGCCGCCAGGAUCCCCGCCGUCGUCGCCUCCGUCAACUACCGCCUGGCGCCGGAGCAUAAAUACCCCUGCCAAUACGACGACGGAUUCGACGCCCUGAAGUUCAUCAACGACGCAAACCGCGACGUCCUGCCGCCCUGCGCGGAUCUGCGGCGGUGCUUCCUGGCGGGAGACAGCGCCGGCGGGAACAUAGCGCAUCACGUGGCGGUGAGGGCGGGGCUCGACGGAAUCGAACUCGCCGGGAUCGUGGCGGUGCAGCCGUUUUUCGGCGGGGAGGAGCGGACGGAGGCGGAGGUGAGGCUGGCGAAGGGCCCCGUGCUGACGGCGGAGGGCGCCGACGCGCUGUGGAGGAUGUUCCUGCCGGCGGGGGCGGACCGGAACCACGCGGCGGUGAACGUGUUCGGCGGCGGCGGAGGCGAUGAGCGCGUGAGGAGCGUGGAGUUUCCGAGGGCGUUGGUGGUGGUGGGAGGGGCGGAUCCGGUGCAGGAUUGGCAGAGAAGGUAUGCGGAAGGGCUGAAGCGGUGUGGGAAGCAAGUGGAGUUGGUUGAGUAUGCUAAUGCGUUUCAUGGCUUCUAUGCUUUUCAAGAUUUGCCCGAGUUUGAGUUUCUUCUUCGAGAUGUGAGGGCAUUUAUAAACAAGCAUUAGGAAUUCGCAUUUUGGAAUAAUAAAUGGGAUAUUAAUUUAUAAAUUA